GGAAUAUAAUGAAUCUUUCUUUUCCCAAGUUCUCUCUUCUUGGAAGUUGAAGGUUGAUAUAACAUGAGUCGCUUGGAUAAUAAAACUAUUCUCAUAACAGGUGCCUCUUCCGGUAUUGGUAAGAGCACAGCUUACGAAUUUGCAAAGGUUGCCAAGGUCAAGUUGAUUUUAGGUGCUCGUCGUCUUCCUACCGUCGAGGAGAUUGCUAAAGAUUUACAUUCCAAGUAUUCUGUCUCUGUUCUUCCUAUCAAAUUGGACGUGUCGGAUUUGGAAUCAAUUCCUAAAGUCAUUGAGAACUUGCCAAAGGACUUUGCCGAUAUUGAUGUCUUGGUGAACAAUGCUGGUCUUGCCAUUGGUGUUGACAGGGUUAAGGACCUUAAAGUUGAUGAUGCCGUUCGUAUGAUGACUACAAACGUUCUUGGUUUGAUGGCUAUGACUCGUGCUAUCUUACCUCUUUACUACAAGAAAGGCAAGGGUGACAUUGUCAAUGUUGGCAGUAUUGCAGGUAGAGAAUCCUAUCCGGGAGGAUCUGUCUAUUGCUCUACCAAAUCAGCUGUUGCUCAAUUUACUUCCGCUCUGCGCAAGGAAACCAUCGAUACUGGUAUCCGUGUAAUGGAGGUUGAUCCUGGUCAAGUUGAGACUGAGUUCAGUAUGGUCCGCUACUCUGGUGACCACGAGAAAGCAGGCAACGUUUACAAGGGUUACGAACCUUUAAUCCCAGAAGACAUUGCCGAAGUUAUUGUUUUUACUGUUUCUCGUCGUCCUAGCGUCGUCAUUGCUGACACUUUGGUAUUCCCUAACCAACAGGCUGGCUCCUACCAUCUAUACAAGCAAGCUUAGAUAUAUCCUUUAUUAGAAAUAAUUGUUCAUUCUGUCUAUCUUUAGAACUAGAAAAAGGACGUUUCUUCUUACAAUCAUGAUAAAUGAAAUGAAAUCCACGCAAUAUUACUUCUUUGCUAUACAUGUAUAUUUUGCUUCCUUUUUCUUUUCUUAUAAUUCAGUACUCCUGUAAGAGGGAUCAUUUU